CCGCAAAGCCCAUCUUAGCGCUCAGCAGAAAGCGGGUGGGAGAACACCUCGGUGGUUCGCAUCCGGCCCGGCCCCACGGAACCCCCCCAGCGCAGUGGAGGGGCUGCGGGCCGCAGGAUGAGCUGCUGCAGGCCCCGUGCGCUGCCACGGGUGGACAGAGAUGACCCAGGAGGUGUCCCCGGCUUACCCCCAGCCGUGAGGCUCUGGCUCCCCAGGCUGCCAAAAAUAACCUCCGAUCGCUUCUUCAAGCACCCUCAGCUAUGAGAAGGCCGAGCCCUCGGAGAGCUGCUGCUGAGAUGGAGGCCCUGCUGCCUGUUCUCUCCCUGCUCCUGGUCCUUCUGGCAGUAGGAUGGGGAGAUGGGGCGGGCGCAGCGUGGGCCAUGUCUCCUGGUGGUUGUGAGCACGUGCAGAGCACUGCAGACUGCAAAAGGAAAUGGUUGAGCUCUGUCCCUGGAAAUCUGCAAGGUGACAUUGAAGAGCUGUUGCUGGAUGACAACACUAUCCGGGUCCUGGGCCGUGCCUCUCUGCUCUCGUACCAUCAGCUGAAGCAUCUCAGCCUGACCAAAAACCGGAUGGAGCUCCUUGAGCCUGGUGCCUUCCUGGGUAGCCGGGGCCUCCACGCACUAUCCUUGGCAGACAAUCUCCUCUUCACCAACUACUCACUGACAGCAGCUGCUCUUUCUGUUUUGCCAGCCUUGAGGGUGCUCGAUCUAUCUGGAAACCAGCUCAAUGAGGACAUGGCAUCUGUUUUGCUCAGCAACCUGUCUUCCUUGGAGUCCUUGUCCAUGGCUAGGAAUGUCAUCAUGAGACUGGACUCUUCCGUCUUCACCAACCUGACGCAGCUCUUGGAGCUAAACCUGGAGAGGAACUACAUCUUUGAGAUUGACCAAGCUUUUGAAGGACUGCAGAGGUUGCAGAGGCUCAACAUAGCUUACAACUACAUGACGUGCAUUGUGGACUUCAACCUGACCAAGCUCCGGGUGCUCAAUGUCAGCUACAAUAUCAUCGAGUGGUUUCUGGCCCUGGAAAGCGAUGACCUCUUUGAGCUGGAGGUGCUGGACCUGUCCCACAACCAGCUCCUUUUUUUCCCUGUGCUGCCCCGGCAGAGCAAGCUGCACUCUUUGCUGCUGAAGGACAACAAGAUGAGCUUUUACCAGCUUCUGCCCAACGGCACGUCCCUGGAGAACGUCACCGUGCAGUUCCUGCUCAUCGAUGGCAACUCCACCAACAUCACGACGGUCAGGCUGUGGGACGAGGUCUGCUACAGCAACCUCUCCUCCCUGCGCCUCCUGGACAUGAGCCAGAACCAGUUCUGGUACCUACCGAAGGGUUUCCUGGCCAAGAUGCCCGCUCUGACCCACCUGAAGCUCAACCAGAACUGCCUGGAGACCUUCCAGCUGUCGGAGCGGGAUCCCUUGGCCAUGCUGACGGACCUGGACCUCAGCCAGAACCUGCUGAUGGAGCUGUGGGAGGAUGUGGGCGCCGGGCCCGCCCUGCCCAGCCUGCAGCUCUUCAACCUCAGCACCAACAUGCUGCAGGCGCUUCCUGCAGGCAUCUUCACUCACACAAAGCAGAUCACUACAGUUGACCUCAGCUACAACCGCCUCGACCUGUGUCCCCAGCUGGCUGUUUUGGGCAGGAGCGCACCCUGUGUGGACAUCAGGGGCCUUGCCACCCUGACCCGCCUCUCCUUGGCCGGCUGUGGUCUGCGGGACCUGGGCGGCCACCCCUUCCGAGGGACAGCCCUGACCCAUCUGGACCUCUCCGACAACCGGGAGGCUCUGUCAGGGGACCUGGGGUGGCUGCGGGACGUGGCUGUGACGCUGCAGGUGCUGUCCCUCCGCAACACCAACCUCUCCUCCGCCUCGGUGGACUUCUCAGCCUUCCAGAGCCUGGCGGGCCUGGACCUGUCGGGGAACGCCCUGACCACCCUCCCCGCCUCGCUGGGCGCACUGAAGCUGCGCAGCCUCGACCUGCGGGACAACAGCCUGACGGCUCUGCCUGCGGACGUGGCGUGGAGGCCGCUGGGGAGGAGCCUACAGGAGCUCUACCUCAGCCGUAACCCCUACAACUGCUGCACGCUGGGCUGGUGGGAGGCCCUGCAGCGCGGGGAGCGGCUGCGCGUCCCCGACAGGCACGAGGUGACCUGCAACUACGACUCGCAGCGGCUGAGCGCUUUGGUGCUGCCCGAGCCCGUCCUGCGGGACUGCCGCUGGCGGACGGCUGACACGGCCCUGCUCUACCUGGUGCUUGCCCUGCCCACCUGCCUGACGCUGCUGGUGGCUUUCACUGUGGUCUUCCUCACGCUGAAGCCAAAGCUGUUGAAAAUGGUGAAGAGGCGGUGCGGGGUGUCCAGCCCGUACUGAUGGCUGAGGAGGAGGAAGGGCCCUCUUGGGAGUGAAGGUGAGCGAGCAGGUGGGGGAUUGAGAACCUGCAUCCAUCUGGUGGCCCAGAAGUGGCGUUUUGGGCUGCCUGGGUGCUUGCUUUUAUUUAUUCACACCGCUAUGGUCACCCUCCAUAUGUGACCACGGGGACGUGCCCAGAGGCCAACACGAAACCGGCGCCUGUGCAGGUGAACUUCCAUGGUGAAUGUUUCAUGUCUGCGUGUUUUGGAGGGCGAGGGUUGCAAUUCACGUGUGAAAAGGUAAAACAGGGAAGAGUGGCAGAUCUGUCUCGCUGGAUCUGUCAGUGAAGCUUCAGCCUUAGGGUAAACCACUAAGAGGAGAAGGACUGGGACAGUGACCGUUCCCCCAGCUGCACGGUCCCCGUCCCACGCUGCACUGGUGGUGGCACCACUGCUGGCAGUGCCUGCUGUGCCAGUGAGACCUCAGACCUCAGUGACGUACAAUACUGGCCAAAAGACACAAGAAUAAAUUAUAUUUCUGGUAA